AUGGCGUUUAAAGUCUUUUUCCCUCUUUGCUGCGCUUCGGCCGAGAGUGGCCUUCUGAUUGGACGAUGGAUUCCAGAACAGAACUCCAUCGUUAUCCUGGCUGUCAUCCAUUUCCCUUUGAUUCCCGGUCAGGUGAAGCAGUAUCUCUCCAAAAUGCAACACGCCACCCAAGUCCAACUGUCGGUGUUGGGUUCCUGGACUAACAGCCAAGAAAAAGAGAAUUUGCAAAGGUUCCUGGAAGACCUGGGCACCAUCUUUUCCCAGGGCCCCUGGGUCCAGCUCAGCAGGCAAAAAGGCAGCAGGUUUUGGAACUGUGUGGCCAACUGGAAGGAAUCCAUCAGUAGCAGAGAUGCCGAAGAAACCAUCGUGAUCUAUUACGACCAGCGCAAAGUGAUGCUCUCGCAGCUUCAUCCUCCCAACAAGCCCGGGGUCCCUUCCGAUCAAAAGGCAGCCGAUGCUUCCAAGCUGGCUGCUGUGUUUGACAGUGUUGGAAAAAGCAAAUUGCUGUUCAUGAAGGACCAGUACCACGAGGGCCCCAUCAGGCUCACCCACUGGCAGUCGGAAGGGGUGGAGGCCAGCAUUAUCGUAGAACUGUUGAAACAGGUGUCGGUCCCUGCCUGUGUGCUGAUCAGCCUCCUCCUUUCCCUCGUGUCUGGCAUCUGUAAAAGCAGGGCACUGACAUUCUGGCCCCUGUCUUUCGUCUGGAGCAAACUUUCCACCUACGAGCAGCUGAGGCAUCGGUUCCAGCAUCUCCAGGUCAUCAGCAGUGAAAAGGCAGCUUCAGAUCAAGCGCAGGUGAUGAGGAAAGCCAACAUCUUUAUCUCUCUCCUCAUCGACGUGGCUCUGGGUGUCCUGCUCAUGUCCUGGUUGUAUCAAAUGAACUGGAUCGGUUAUCUUGCCAGUGGCCUCCUCCCAAUGGCAGACCAUAUCGCCCAGCAGCUCCAGAACCUCCUGCAGUGGCUGAUGGGCGUGCCAGCUGGUCUAAAAAUGAACAGAGCUUUGGAUCAAGUCCUGGGCCGUUUUUUCCUUUACCACAUCCACCUCUGGCUUAGCUACAUCCAUCUGAUGUCUCCAUUCAUUGAGAAGAUCUUGUGGUAUGUUGGCUUGUCAGCUUGCCUUGGCUUGACCGUGGCCCUUUCCAUCCUCUCCGACAUCAUUGCACUCCUGACCUUCCACAUCUACUGUUUUUAUGUCUAUGGAGCCAGGCUGUACUGCUUCAAGAUUUACGGCCUGUCCUCUCUGUGGCGCUUGUUCCGAGGGAAGAAAUGGAAUGUCUUGAGACAGCGUGUAGAUUCCUGCUCCUACGACCUGGACCAGCUAUUCAUUGGCACUUUGCUCUUCACCAUCUUGCUAUUUCUGCUGCCCACAACUGCAUUGUACUACUUGGUGUUUACUCUGCUUCGUCUCCUGGUGGUUCUUGUGCAAGGCGUUAUCCACCUACUGAUCGACUUCAUCAACUCACUGCCCCUUUACGCCAUUUUUCUUCGACUCUGCCGAGGCUACAGACUCGCCUCUGGUGUCAAAUUCAGAGUCCUAGAGCAAGAAGCUGGCAAACCUCUUCGACUUCUAAUGCAGAUCAACCCUCUCCCUUACGGCCGCGUGGUGCAGCUCUAUAGGCUUCCAACCUAUAGUUGCUACCCCAAAGACUCCUGGGCGUCUCUGUGCAAGAAGCUGUUUGUGGGAGAACUCAUUUACCCUUGGAAGCACAAGGAGGAGAAGCAAGACUGAUGGGGACGACCGAGAGAAGCUCCAGAGAGCC